AACUGAAGGCUGCGCGUGUCUUUUUGACUUUUCCUUCUGUACCGAGGGGAAAAUCGUACCUGGAGGGAAUUUCGUGUCGGCGCAGUCCCACUAACGGCCGAGCGUCUCCCCCUUGUAAACAGGAAACGGCGUCAAAAGUUCAGAACGUUCACAGACGCCGACUGGCAUACAUGUACUACAUAAGUGACGCUCAAAACAAACGCGCAGACACAAAUUUUCACGAUGGAUCUCCUCUACAUGAACGAAACGAUCAACUACUAUUCAGUCAGAGGGCCGAUUUAUAACAAAUACGACAACUGGGGGCAAAAUAAUGCCAAAGAAACUGUGUAUAAGUCUAAGCCACAAGGACAUACGAAUAAAAACAACUGUCAACUUUGCCGAGAAAAGCAGAAACGCUCUCUUUCCAAUUACAUCCGUUCUAAGAGCAUUGAAUGCUCUACUAGAGGUAGCAUUCCAGAAGAGGAGGAGAUCAAUCACAACGCCAACAAUUAAAACUGCUAAGAAAAGUUUUGCGCUUGGUUGGUGUUGGUUUACUAUUGCAUUAAUUAAGAUUGCUAAUCGUUAAUUUGCUUGUUUGUAUCAACAAUAAAAGAGGACA